AUGAUGGGAUAUUCACAACACAAACACCAUUCGGUACUUGUUUACUGUGGGCUGCUACCUUCCACUGAUUUUUCUCAAUUGAUUCUUGCUUACAGACACGGUGCCAUGGGUAGACGAAGUAUAAAUACCACCAAGAGUGGUAAAUACAUGAAUCCAACAGAUCAGGCCCGUAAGGAGGCUAGAAAAAGAGAGCUGAAAAAAAACAAGAAACAACGGCAGAUGGUUCGAGCAGCAGUACUUAAGGGAAAAGACCCAUCACAAAUCAUCAUGGAGAUGGAAAAAAUUGACAGUAUGGAAUACAAUGUUGAGGUCCCACCAGCUCUCAGUGAAAAGGUAUUAAAAGAUAAGAGAAAGAAGCUAAGAGAGACUCUUGAUCGAGUUCUUAAACUGUAUGAAAGAGAAAAUCCAGAAUACUGGGUUGAAAUUCGUCGUAUGGAAGGGGAUUAUGAGAAGAAAAGGCAAGCACUUAUUGAAUAUUUUGAGUCAGUUCGACAUGCUCAGGCAGUUACGGUAGAUGAGAUUCCUUUACCAAAUCUUGACAUGCCUCCAGUACCUGAUGCAUUGAUGCCUGAUCUGCCACCUCCCCCAGAGAUAGUUCCCUUGCCAGUGCCAAAUGCUCAUAUGGUUCCUUCUCAUAGUAUUCUUAAAAAAUUGUCAGCAUAUGUACCACCUCCAGCUGAACCAAAAAAGCCUCCAGGUUGUCCUCCAACACUGCCACCUGACCUUAGUGAUGAUGAAGAGGAGGAGGAGGAGGAGGAGGAAGAGGAGGAAGCAAUGGAAACAGAACCUGCUGUUCCUAGUACAGAGAAAGAGGAGGCAGAGGAAGAAGAAAAGGAAGAUGAUGAUGAUGAAACUGAGGAGAAAGAUAAGAGUCAAACACGAAGCCGUACUAUUCGUUUUGAAGAUGGAGAAGAUUCGGAUGAAGAAAAGGACACGAGGGUUACAAUAACAAAUUCUAAAGGACUAACCAGCUUACAGACUAAGCUAUUGCAGAUGUCAGGCCAAGACAUAGAUGACUUCAUGAGGGAAACUGAAGUACUUUUCCGUGAGAAGGAGGCAGAGCGUAAGGCUGAUCUCAGGGCUCGAUUAGAUAAACUGUACGAUGAUGAGCCUCCAAGACCUAAUCUUCAGCAACCAAUGCUGAAUGUGCCACCUCCACAAGCUAGAGGGCCAGCUGGUCCUCCUAUAGGUCUUCCUCCAGGUACUACAGCAUCACAGCCAACUCCCACUAGUCAGGUUGCAUCCCAAGCUUCUUACCUUCCUUCUGCUCCACCACCAACAACAGUCUCAGUAAGUGGACCACCUGGAGUCCCACUUGUCACAUUGCCUGUGGCCCCACCAGGAACCACCUUGUCCCUUCCACCAACAUCUGUUCCACUUAUCCCACCAGGUGUUACUCCCACAGUUGUGCAGUCCACUCCAAAUGUUGCUCCAGGUGGCCAUCCUGUAGGACCCUUAGGAUCAUCUUCAGUGGUUCCCUCUAUUAUUCCACCUUCUAUUCCACCAGUGAUUCCUCCAGGAGCACCUCCAACAGGCAUUCCAGGUGCACCACCUGGAGCACCACCACUUAUGUUUCGCCCACCUCCACCAAUGCGCAGUGGUCUCCCACCACCCCCAGGAGUUCGUCCACCACCAGGGCCUCCUCCACAAGGAAUGCCCCCCCGACUACCUAAUAUGCGCAUGCCACCACCAAUGCCUCCUCGUUUACCUAUGCGUCCGCCAGGUGUUCCACCCGGUAUGCCACCACCAGGAAUGCCUCCACGUGGCCUUCCUCCAGUUCACAACCCAAAUGUGCUGUCUGCAGGUCCUCAACUUAUUGCUCGACCAAGGGAAGACGACAAAAAGCAUUCGGCAACCAUCGAAGCCAAGCCACAGAUCAGGAAUCUGAGUGCAGAUGUAACUCGCUUCCUUCCAACUGCCCUGAGAGUAAAGAGAGAAGACAGAAAGAAAUUAGGAAAGGCACAAACAGAUAUCAAAGAAAUGGGAGGCAAGGCUGAAGAGACUGAUCGUAAACCCACCAAAGAUGAUGCCUAUUCUCAGUUUAUGAGAGAGAUGGAGGGGCUGUUGUAGAAGUGUGCUUGCCUCCCCCCCCCCCUCUUUGUUCCUUCUCUCAUUUAAUCAACUUUGAUUUCAUUGCCUGAUCUUUGCUGUAAUUCAUGCAAUAAGAGUUCUUACAUCUGUUGCAGGCUUUUUUUCUUUCUUUGUAUCUUCAACUGGUAUCUAUUUUUCAAGUGUUUUCACUUAGUGUAAAUAUGUACAAGAAAAAUGUUGAUAAAUUAAAACUCUUGAGCAUAAUAGAGGUAUUAGAUUUAUCAUUGAAAAUAUAAGUUAUUAAAGCAACAAAUUUUAGUUAUUAUGGGCUUGUAACAUAAAUCAUUGUAUACCAUCAAAGAUGUAGAAUAUUAUGCUCAGAAGUAAGUUUUUAAAUAUUUUACCCAUUAUACAAUUAAGAUAACUUUGAAAAUAAAAAACGAGCUCUAC